AUGGGUUGUCUGGCACAAUCCGAUCAAAUCGCUGGUAACUGGAACUGGAACUGGAAAGUUCAGAUCGAAUAUUCGACAGCCCAAAAGGAAGAAAUGCCACAGCCAAUGAUCACAAUGCCAGCCGUGACGAAAAACCUUGCAAUCACGGGACUCCUUUUCGAGAAUCCUGAUUCGCGACCGUUCCUGAAUCUUCCGACGUCAAAGUCUGGACCGCACGCCCCCGGUUACUCAAUCAGACAGCCGGUCACGCCAAACCGGGAAACUUGCCUCGCCCAGACGGCGUGCGCGGGGUGCAGAGCUCCGACUCUGCCCGGGAGAAAACGGUUUGGGGCGGCGGAUCUCAGCUGUGGCUGGUGA